UCGUCUCUGACUCUGACAGCGCUCUUCGCCAUUCCUUGAGUGGAUACGUCAUUUUUACUCCUAUAUCAACUGUAUCCUCUCAUUUGGAUAGUUAUUACGCACAAGGAUUCUGUUAGGUUUUUUUUCCUGGACAGAAUGGCUGUUGCUGCAAAGUUCAGUUUUUCCGUGAGGAGCAUCCUGGAUUUGCCUGAGCAUGACGCCAAGACAGCGCAGCCUUCCCCCGGUAACUCCUGCUACAGCUCCCCUUACUUCUCCUGGAUGGACAGCGACCGGAGCCCUUGUCUCUCUUCAGAUGAGGGUAGCCUGGAGAUCUCCCCAAACAAGUCAGACGAGUCUUCUCUGGACUCUGAGGCCGAGAAGAAGAAGAAGCGCCGCGUGCUCUUCUCAAAGGCCCAGACCUUCGAGCUUGAGAGGCGCUUCCGUCAGCAGCGCUAUCUGUCAGCACCAGAGCGGGAGCAUCUCGCCCAUCUCCUCAGCCUGACGCCGACGCAGAUCAAGAUCUGGUUCCAGAACCACAGGUACAAAAUGAAGAGGUCGCGAGUAGAGGGAGCGCCACAAGACAUAACCCAAUCGCCAAUGUUGCGAAGAGUAGUGGUACCCAUCCUAGUUCGGGAUGGCAAGCCUUAUCAGACCUGUUUCAUUAACACGGAGAAAGGAGGCUGUCUUAGACCGACCACGUCCCCGGGUACACCCUUCAGUUUGGGAUACCAGUCUUUCCAGCUUCCGUCGCCGUUCGGUCUACCUUCCCCAUACCAGCAUUUUGCCAGCCCUGCAGCAUCUAGACACACCUUUGCUUGGAGAGACUUUCUGAACGACUCAGUUCAAUUCAGUUAUUUUAAGUGA